GACUCAGGGACCAUGUGCAACAUGAGGAAAAAUACUUUGUCCCUCGUUGUCAUCGUCUGUCUUCUCGCUCUUUCCGACUGGACGUCCGGAGUGGUGGUGAAUCGGUCGGCCAAGAUCCCGGAGAAUGCCGGCAUUGGAGAGCAGGUUAUCCGCGUUGUACCGACCGCACAGGGAGCCAAGGAGGAAGUGAUAUGUGAAAUCAUCGACGGAAACGUUCACGGGCGUUUCAGUGUGACUCGGGACUGUGUGAUUGUAGUCGCCCGUCCUUUAGACUUUGGUUUAAACCGAAGGUACAACUUGACAGUAGCCGUCCCUGGAACACCCGAGACCUGCUAUGUUGACCUACAAGUCGAAGACGUGGACGGAUAUCCUCCUAUCUACAACGACACCUGCGAACUGCCGGUCCUGGGAAACGACAGAGCGACUGGACAGCCUGUUAUUAACGGGAUAAUGACAGGGGAGUACAUGGAAAAAGGUGCCGGCCUGUUUGUUCUGAGAACUGACCUAAACCAGCGACUCCGAGGUCAUCAGCAUAGUCAUGACGACAAAAUUGAUAUCUACACCGACAGUGACUGUCACGUUACUGUUGUAGUCGGUAUAGACAGUAACAGAGACAUGAGAACGGUUUACGGCUUGACGCUUUCUGGGUUGUAUUUCUUACGAUGUUUUCACCCACUUGACCAUGUACAAGUCUUUGAAGGUGCAAUCAUCCUAGGAGACACGGACUUCGCGCACUACGUUGACCGAACAUCGUAUGUCUGGACUAAACGGAAGUUCAAGCUGUUGAUUUCUUUCAUAGUAAAGUCAACAGAAACACAGCGUUUGGUCUGCCGCCUGCCACAUGGAAGACCAGUUUCUAUGCCGAUCAGUCGAGGAGGUGUACCUGAUGAAGUUUCUGUGAGUAGAGUUGAACUGGAGAUCCAGCCCGUCGGGUGUCCACCGAACAAGUACGGUUUGACCUGUGACCAAAACUGCACUUGUGAGAACGGUGCCCGCUGCCAUGGGCUGAAUGGGGCCUGUAAGUGUCAACCUGGGUGGACAGGAGUCGUCUGUGACAUACCUCACAGCACCGUCGUCAUCAUUGCGUCCCCUAGCAGCUCGUCACAGAUCUACAUCAAGGGUUCUUUGACAUUAUACUGCAGGUCUUUCCAUCUAGCUGUUGAGAAGAUGGUUUGGAAAUUUCCCAAUGAAACAAAAAAGAGACUACAGGGGACACAAGAAGAUGAAAUAAGGAUUGAAAGCGUCCAGUCCGAACACAAUGGUACCUACACUUGCAUUGUUGUUACCGAAGACAAGACGGUCGUUCAGGCAAGUUACGAGCUUCAGGCAGUCGCUUGUCUCCCCGGCAAAAGAGGCGAGCUGUGUGAAGACGACUGCGGCUGUCUCCAGGGUGCCGUCUGUGACCGGUGGGCCGGCUGUGUCUGUCCGCCGGGAUGGACGGGAAGAACAUGUGAGGCAAGAUGCCCGGACGGCACAUACGGACGGGGCUGCAGCGACGAGUGUCUGUGUCAGAACUGCGCCGCCUGCGACCCUAGCGACGGGCAGUGUAACUGCACCAAUGGAUGGUAUGGUGCUCACUGUACCCUUCCAUGUCCGAGCGGCCAGUACGGAUGGAGAUGUCGGCAUGUCUGUGGCUGUAAGAACAACGCCACGUGCCACAAUGUCGAUGGGAGCUGCGCUUGUGCGGCGCCCUGGACCGGUCAGUGGUGUGACGUCAUACAAACUGAGACAUCGACAUCCUUGUUGCCACUACAGGUCUCUAUCCCCCUUUCAUUGACACUGCUUGGUACGUUGGCCGCGCUUUACAAAUGGAGGAGGGCCACCCGGACGAAGAAAGGCCUAGAGGAGGUGCAGGCUCUUCUCGAACUUAGCAGUGUGGAAGAAGACCUUACGCUGCAGGGUCUACAGCCCGGCUGGCUUAAACGGUGGGAAAGGAGGGCGAAGGAUCUGACUUUGGGCAAUCUGAUUGGUCAGGGUGCAUUCGCCUGUGUCAGAGAAGGGAGUUUACGCACCGCGAACGCUGACGUCACAGCUGUAGCGGUCAAGUCCGUCCGUUCCGAGAACAGACUGUGCUAUCGAGCCUUCUGUCGCGAAGUAGCGAUGUUGGUAGCUUUGAGCGAAAACUGCCAAGACCGAAACGGGCAUUCAAACAUCAUUAAGUUGUUAGGAGUCAUCACAAAGUCCUCACCAAUGUGCAUUCUCUUAGAAUAUGCUGCCAAAGGGGAUCUCCUGCAAAUUUUAAAGCAACAUCCUAGAGAUAAUGUUGCUCGUCUUCUGGGCAGGUUUCUCCGCUACGCAGUCCAUAUAUCGCGUGCCCUGAAGGAGCUCCGAUCUCUGCGUAUCGCUCACGGUGACGUGGCCGCUCGAAACGUUCUCGUCACUGGAGAUGACGCCAAACUGUCCGACUUCGGUCUGGCCCAUGACGUGUACACCACUACUGCUUACGUCUCCGCAGACAGAAGAGGGGUCGACGAACUCUUGCCUCUGAAGUGGAUGGCUCUGGAGUCGCUGGAGUCUCGCAAGUUCACCUGCGAGAGCGACACGUGGUCUUUCGGCGUGCUGCUGUGGGAGAUCGCGACGGGCGGGGAGGAGCCCGACUAUCGGCAGGAGUUGAUCCAACAGAGUUGUCCCAACGGCGGGUUAGUCGGGAUCCUGAGACAGGGAUAUCGUCUUCAGAAGCCGCCCAGAUGUCCGGACGGACUGUAUGACGUCAUGACGUCGUGUUGGCAGGAGAAACCAUCCGCCAGACCAGAGCCAACGGAUCUCGAGCGGAGGCUGACAGACUGUCGCCGAGAAAUGGACCCACUGUUUGUCAUCGAGAAGGUGUCCGCAAGGAACCAAAUGCUCAAAAGGAAAAACUUGAAGGAGAAAAUGGUUAAAAUAUUCACCUCAGGGACCAUGUUCAACAUGAGGAAAAAUACUGUGUCCCUCGUUGUCAUCGUCUGUCUUCUAGCUCUUUCCGACUGGACGUCCGGAGUGGUGGUGAAUCUGUCGGCCAAGAUCCCGGAGAAUGCCGGCAUUGGAGAGCAGGUUAUCCGCGUUGUACCGACCGCACAGGGAACCGAGGAGGAAGUUCCGUGUAAAAUCAUCGACGGAAACGUUCACGGGCGUUUCAGUGUGACUCGCGACUGUGUGAUUGUAGUCGCCCGUCCUUUAGACGUUGGUUUAAACCGAAGGUACAACUUGACAGUAGCCGUCCCUGGAACACCCGAGACCUGCUAUGUUGAUGUACAAGUCGAAGACGUGGACGGAUAUCCUCCUAUCUACAACGACACCUGCGAACUGCCGGUCCUGGGAAACGACAGAGCGACUGGACAGCCUGUUAUUAACGGGAUAAUGACAGGGGAGUACAUGGAAAAAGGUGCCGGACUGUUUGUUCUGAGAAUUGACCUAAACCAGAGACUCCGAGGUCAUCAGCAUAGUCAUGAAGACAAAAUUGAUAUUUACACCGGCAGUGACUGUCACAUUACUGUUGUAGUCGGUAUAGACAGUCACAGAGACAUGAGAACGGUUUACGGCUUGUGGCUUUCUGGGUUGUAUUUCUUACGAUGUUUUCACCCACUUGACCAUGUACAAGUCUUUGAAGGUGCAAUCAUCAUAGGAGACGCGAACUUCGCGCACUACGUUGACCGAACAUCGUAUGUCUGGACUAAAUACAAGUUCAAGCUGUUGAUUUCUUUCAUAGUAAAGUCAACAGAAACACAGCGUUUGGUCUGCCGCCUGCCACAUGGAAGACCAGUUUCUAUGCCGAUCAGUCGAGGAGGUGUACCUGAUGAAGUUUCUGUGAGUAGAGUUGAACUGGAGAUCCAGCCUGUCGGGUGUCCACCGAACAAGUACGGUUUGACCUGUGACCAAAACUGCACUUGUGAGAACGGUGCCCGCUGCCAUGGGCUGAAUGGGGCCUGUAAGUGUCAGCCUGGGUGGACAGGAGUCGUCUGUGACAUACCUCACAGCACCGUCGUCAUCAUUGCGUCCACUAGCGACUCGUCACAGAUCUACAUCAAGGGUUCGUUGACAUUACGCUGCAGGUCUUUCCAUCUAGCUGUUGAGAAGAUGGUUUGGAAAUUUCCCAGAACAAAAAAGAGACUACAGGGGACACAAGAAGAUGAAAUAAGGAUUGAAAGCGUUCAGUCCGAACACAAUGGUACCUACACUUGCAUUGUUGUUACCGAAGACAAGACGGUCGUUCAGGCAAGUUACGAGCUUCAGGCAGUCACUUGUCUCCCCGGAAAAAGAGGCGAGCGGUGUGAAGACGACUGCGGCUGUCUCCAGGGUGCUGGGUGUGAUCGGUGGGCCGGCUGUGUCUGUCCGCCGGGAUGGACGGGAAGAACAUGUGAGGCAAGAUGCCCGGACGGCACAUACGGACGGGGCUGCAGCGACGAGUGUCUGUGUCAGAACGGUGCCGCCUGCGACCCUAGCGACGGGCAGUGUAACUGCACCGCUGGAUGGUACGGUUCGCACUGUACCCUUCCAUGUCCGAGCGGCCAGUACGGAUGGAGAUGUCGGCAUGUCUGUGGCUGUAAGAACAACGCCACGUGCCACAAUGUCGAUGGGAGCUGCGCUUGUGCGGUGCCCUGGACCGGUGAGUGGUGUGACGUCAUCCAAACCGAAACAUCCUUGUUGCCACUACAGGUCUCUAUCCCCCUUUCAUUGACACUGCUUGGUGCGUUGGCUGCGCUUUACAAAUGGUGGAGGGCCACCCGGACGAAGGAAGGCCUAGAGGAGGCGCAGGUUCUACUCGAACUUAGCAGUGUGGAAGAAGACCUUACGCAGGGUCUGCAGCCCGGCUGGCUUAAACGGUGGGAAAGGAGGGCGAAGGAUCUGACUUUGGGCAAUCUGAUUGGUCAGGGCGCAUUCGCCUGUGUCAGAGAAGGGAGUUUACGCACCGCGAACGCUGACGUCACAGCCGUGGCGGUCAAGUCCGUCCGUUCCGAGAACAGACUGUGCUAUCGAGCCUUCUGUCGCGAAGCAGCGAUGUUGGUAGCUUUGAGCGAAAACUGCAAAGAACAAAAUGGGCAUUCCAACAUAAUCAAGUUGUUUGGAGUCACAAAGUCCUCACCAAUGUGCAUUCUCUUAGAAUAUGCUGCCAAAGGGGAUCUCCUGCAACUUUUAAAGCAACAGCCUAGAGAUAAUGUUGCUCGUCUUCUGGGCGGGUUUCUCCGCUACGCAGUCCAUAUAUCGCGUGCCCUGAAGGAGCUCCGAUCUCUGCGUAUCGCUCACGGUGACGUGGCCGCUCGAAACGUUCUCGUCAGUGGAGAUGACGUCGCCAAGCUGUCCGACUUCGGUCUGGCCCAUGACGUGUACACCACUACUGCUUACGUCUCCGCAGACAGAAGAGGGGUCGACGAACUCUUGCCUCUGAAGUGGAUGGCUCUGGAGUCGCUGGAGUCUCGCAAGUUCACGUGCGAGAGCGACACGUGGUCGUUCGGCGUGCUGCUGUGGGAGAUCGCGACGGGCGGGGAGGAGCCCGACUAUCGGCAGGAGUUGAUCCAACAGAGUUGUCCCAACGGCGGGUUAGUCGGGAUCCUGAGACAGGGAUAUCGUCUUCAGAAGCCGCCCAGAUGUCCGGACGGACUGUAUGACGUCAUGACGUCGUGUUGGCAGGAGAAACCGUCCGCCAGACCAGAGCCGAGGGAACUCGAGCGGAGGCUGACAGACUGUCGCCAAGAAAUGGACCCACUGUUUGUCAUCGAGAAGGUGUCCGCAGUUUGAGAGUUAGAAAUUGAACCAGUUUUCAAGCAGAUGUAAUGCG